AUGAACUCGCUGUACAAUCUGGCGCUGCGCCAGUCUUCGUCUCUGCAAGCCGACCUUGCUCGCCUGGAUUCCGACACAAGUGGUACUUCGAGCGCAGCGCUCCAAGGUCAGCUGACAGCCACCUUUUCGGCCUUCUCGCGAACUGUGGACGAUUAUGAGGGUAUGGCCAAACGCGAGCUCGUGCAGUCGAAGCAGGAAAAAGCGUUGGAGCGGGUGAAGAAGUUCAGAGAUGAAGAAAAGGAGCUCAAGACGCAAUUCGAGCGGCUAAAGAACAGAGCAAAGCUCGUGCCUUUGGUGAAUACGAACGGUUUGACGGCUGGCAAUGCAGCGGGCUCGUCAUCAUCCUACAACCUUCGAUCUCCUACGUCACCUGGCUUCCAAGGCGUAGCGGAGUCGCCAUAUGCAUCACUACACGCCCGAGGCUCUUCAAACCCCGGUCCAGAUCCACGGUCGGCCUACAAGAUGAACGCAUCCGCAGCCGCCAUGUUUGGCAAUGUGGGCACUGGCAGCGGCUAUUCAGCGCGGGAAUCGCACGCAUUGCGAGAACACUCCUUCAUUGAGCAGACAGAGAACCAGCUGGAUGCCUUUAUCUCACAAGGGAAGGAGGUGUGGGAGAACCUCGUCGAGCAGCGGCAGAUCCUCAAAGGCACAAGGCGCAAAUUGCUCGAUGCUGCAAAUACGCUCGGUCUCAGUCGCGACGUCAUCGGCUACAUUGAGCGGCGAAGCACUCAAGACAACAUCAUCUUUAUGAUCGGCGCGAUCUUUACGCUGGUGUGCUUCUAUUACAUUUACAAAUGGUUCGGCUAG